CACGCCUUUCCUCUAGUCAGUUCGGAUAGGUGGAAAAGAAAGGGGCGGGAUUUAAGUGCAGCCAAUCACCUGUAGAAAACAGAAAAGGCGGGAAAAAGAGGACCCAAAAGGAGGCUGGAGGUGGCGCCCGGGAGCGGGAGAGGAGAGCAGGCAGCCGGAGGAUUCUAGCUCCCAGAGCAGCUGAGCCCUGGGGUGGGCUUGAAGCACACAGACAGCAGUGCCCAGAAAGCAGCACCCAACACCCUUGCCCCUACCUCCCAGGACACCCAAAGAAAAGCAGCCACCAUGCAUCUUCCUGAAAGCCUGCAGGACCUGGCGGACAGUGAAACUGUGCGCUUUCUGAAGAGACCAAAGAGCAUCUCGAGGGUCUGCGGAGGGGUCUUUUCCCUGGUCAUCUUUUCCUCUCUACUAACUGAUGGUUACCAGAACAGGACAGAGUCUCCUCAGCUCCACUGCGUCCUCAACAGCAAUCACAUGGCCUGCACCUUCGCAGUAGGAGCUGGCUUCCUGUCCUUCCUCAGCAGCUUGGUCUUUCUUGCCCUAGACGCCCGUGAGAGCCGCAUCACAGGCAACCGCUUUAAGACAGCCUUCCAGCUCUUAGACUUCAUCCUGGCUGUCAUCUGGGCAGGUAUCUGGUUUGUGGCCUUCUGCUUCCUAACCAGCCAGUGGCAGCAUUCGAAGUCCAAGCAUUUCCUCUUGGGGAACAGCAGCGCCAAGGCAGCCAUUGCCUUUGCUUUCUUUUCCGUCCCUGUCUGGAUAUUCCAGGCGUACCUAGCCUUCCAGGACCUCCGAGAUGAGGCUCCAGUCCCCUACAAGCGCUCCCUGGAUGAGGGUGCUGUGGUGCUGAACACCCUUUCCCCAUCAUCCACCACUAAUCUCGCCAACCCUCCCACCACAGGCCCCAACAGUAGCACCAGAGAGAAGGUGCAGCGCUGACCCAGCAGCUCCAGCUCUUCACCCCAGUGACAAAUCCUCAAGAGGUCAGGGCACCGAGUCCAUGAUGAGAGUUAGAUCUGCGUCUUCAAACACAUUACAUCUGGCCUGGGAAAGAGGCAAGUGUCUCCACUCCACACCUCCAGGGUCAACAAGCUACAGACCUGCUAGGAGGGAUCAGGGAUCAGGCAGGUGGCACCUUGUGCCAGAGUGUCAGCCUUUCCUCACCACCCAGCCAUGGGGCUGAGGAUGCAGAAAUUUGCUCAAAGCUACAUUGAGAAAAGAAAAAAUAAGGCAAUUUUAAUAUAUUUCAUUUAACUUAA